ACAGAUGCACUCAGUCACAGAGAGCACACCAGGCUUAUCCGACCAACAGAGAGAGAGACAGACGGAGGACAGGAGGGUAGUGGGAGAUAAAAUGAAGAUGAAGAGUUGAUAAAGAAAUAUCGCAGGAGGCCCCUUGCCCUGCAGAGAGAACAGAGAAAGGUCACAGCCUGAGGGAGUCCUCCAUAUUUACCUGCGGUCCACAGAGCUAACCCUAACAUGAGUGUAAAGUGAGCUCCUGGCGAGAUGAGGUGAGGUUUGAGUUGAUUUAUACGCGAGGUACGGUGUUUGCCUUGGACACGGUGAGGAUGAUAAAACAGUCUGGGAAAUGCUGAGAUGGAGAAGGACAAGAGGAAGUUCAACCUGUUCAACCUGCUGACCCUCUACCUGUCGAGAAGGAACAAGGCUCUGACCAGCAGCCCUUCUCACUCCACCUCAACAGCUGCAACAGGCAUCAGCACCGACUCUUUACCUGCACAGAGGAACCUCUGGACGGAAGAUGGAGACAUCAAGGAGAUCAACAUCACUCAUGUGGUCAAAGAGGGAUCCGAGAAGGCCGACGCCUCCCAGUUUGAACUGCUCAAAGUGCUGGGUCAGGGGUCUUUUGGCAAGGUCUUCCUGGUGCGAAAGGUGACCCCUCCAGAUGACAACCAGCUCUAUGCCAUGAAGGUCCUGAAGAAGGCCACACUCAAAGUGAGAGACCGUGUGAGGACCAAGAUGGAGAGAGACAUUCUGGCAGACGUCAACCAUCCGUUUGUCGUCAAACUUCACUAUGCAUUCCAAACUGAAGGAAAGUUGUACUUGAUUCUGGACUUCCUCAGAGGAGGAGACCUCUUCACAAGACUCUCUAAAGAGGUGAUGUUCACAGAGGAGGAUGUGAAGUUUUAUCUGGCAGAGCUGGCCUUAGGACUGGACCAUCUCCACAGCCUGGGCAUCAUUUACAGAGACCUAAAGCCUGAGAAUAUUCUCCUGGAUGAGGAGGGACAUAUCAAACUCACAGAUUUUGGAUUGUGUAAAGAAGCCAUCGAUCAUGAGAAGAAAGCCUAUUCCUUCUGUGGCACUGUGGAGUACAUGGCACCAGAGGUUGUGAACAGGCAGGGGCACACCCACAGCGCAGACUGGUGGUCAUACGGAGUACUGAUGUUUGAGAUGUUGACAGGAGCGCUGCCAUUUCAAGGGAAGGACCGCAAAGAAACGAUGAGCCUCAUUCUGAAGGCGCGUCUGGGAAUGCCUCAGUUCCUGAGUUCAGAGGCCCAGUCGCUGCUAAGGUCUUUGUUCAAGAGGAACCCUUGCAACAGACUGGGAUCUGGUGCUGACGGUGCAGAGGAGAUCAAACGACACGGCUUCUAUUCCACCAUCGACUGGAAUAAACUCUUCAUGAGAGAAGCCAAGCCUCCAUUCAGGCCGGCGGUGGCGCGGCCAGACGACACAUUCUACUUUGACUCCGAGUUCACCUCCCGCACCCCUAAAGACUCGCCUGGCGUGCCCCCGAGUGCCGGAGCUCACCAGCUUUUCAGAGGGUUCAGUUUCAUCGCCUCCACUCUGUUGGACGAGGAGGGUUUUGCGGAGCCAGUGCAGCCGCCGCAGCAUCCAGUGGUCCAGCAGCUACAUGGGAAGAACCUGCUGUUCAGCGACGGCUACGUGCUAAAGGAAGAUAUCGGCAUGGGCUCCUUCUCCGUCUGCAAACGCUGCGUUCACAAAGCCACCAACACAGAAUACGCAGUCAAGAUGAUUGACAAGACCAGCACAGACCCCUCUGAGGAGAUUGAGAUUCUGCUUCGAUAUGGACAACACCCCAACAUCAUAACCCUGAAGGAUGUGUACGAUAACGGUAAGCAGGUGUUCCUGGUGACGGAGCUGAUGCGCGGUGGCGAGCUGCUCGAUCGGAUCCUCAAACAGAAGUCCUUCUCGGAGCGAGAGGCCAGCGCUGUGCUUCACACCAUCACCAAGACCGCGGAGUACCUGCACUCACAGGGGGUGGUGCACAGAGACCUGAAGCCCAGUAACAUCCUCUACGUGGACGAGUCGGGGAAUCCAGAGUCGAUCAGGAUCUGUGACUUCGGCUUCGCGAAGCAGCUGCGGGCCAACAACGGCCUGCUGAUGACGCCCUGCUACACCGCUAACUUUGUGGCCCCCGAGGUGUUGAAGCGACAGGGCUACGAUGAAGGAUGCGACAUCUGGAGUCUGGGAGUCUUACUCUACACCAUGCUGGCUGGUUUCACUCCAUUUGCCAACGGACCUGAGGACACCCCCAAUGAGAUUCUGAGCCGGAUAGGCAGCGGCCGCUUCAGCCUGAUCGGAGGAAACUGGGACACUGUGUCUGAUGCUGCAAAGGAGCUUGUGUCCAAGAUGCUCCAUGUGGACCCUCAUCAGAGACUGACUGCCAAGCAGGUCCUCAAGCACCCCUGGAUCGUGCAGAGAGACAAACUACCUAACAGCCAGCUCCCGCACCAGGACCCCAAACUGGUCAAGGGAGCUAUGGCUGCCACCUACUCCGCCCUGAAGAGCUCCCAACCAACUCCGGAGCUCAAGCCCAUCGAGAGCUCCUUCCUGGCUCAGAGGCGCGUCAAGAAGCUUCCCUCCACCUCGCUGUAGAGACUCUGAACCACCAGUCAUCUCACUGGAGACUGACCAAAAACCGCACCACCCAGUCAGCUUGCUCGGGGGGGGGGGGGGGGAC